AUACAACUCAAACACACACACACACAUAUAUAUAUAUCUAAUCUUUUGGAGCUUUCUUUGUGCUAUAAAGUUGUGACAUCUAUAUUUGGUUUCCAUUGUCGUUAUUAAGAGAAAAUGGUUUUAUUUAGGCCACUAUCUCUUGUGGCUCUACUUGUUGGACUGUUAUUGGUCGUUAAUGAAUCCGAAAGUCGGGUUGCAAGAAAGGAUUUGGGUCUGGAUCUGGGUGGUGUUGGAGUCGGACUCGGAACAGGUAUCGGGUUAGGCUUGGGAGGCGGAAGUGGCUCAGGAGCUGGGUCCGGUUCCGGUUCUGGGUCAAACUCGUAUUCAUCAUCAGGGUCCAGUUCAAGUUCAUCGGGUGGGUCGGAUGCAAGCUCUGAAGCGGGCUCAUAUGCUGGGUCAUAUGCAGGAUCAAGAUCCGGGUCGGGUUCGGAGGCAGGUUCUAGAGCCGGGUCUCAUGCUGGGUCUAGGGCCGGGCCAGGAUCAGGUAGAAGCGAAGGACAUGGGUCGGCUCGAGGGAGUGGCCGUGGUUCCGGACGUGGUGGUGGUGGUGAAGGUUCUGGUGGCGGGGGCGGCUCCGGAAUUGGUGAUGCCUCCGGCGAGGGUGGUGGCUAUGGUGAGGGUUAUGGCGGAGGAGGAGGUGAUUGAACUUUGAAACAAAGGCCAAAUUAAGACAUACAAGACAUGAUGAAUAAAGCUAGAAGUUAAUAAUAUAGAAUAAUGACUAAUUAAGUUUACAUAGCAUAUAUUAUAUAAUAUUAUUAUAUGAUCACCAUUUCAAUUUUAUGUGUGGCAUAAAUAAAUUAGUGCAUGGUGAUAAGCUUGUACUAUGUAUGUUUGGUCUAGCUAGCUAGCUCAAGUACUCAAGGGCAAGAAUUACUAAUAUAGUUUUCUCUUUGUAUUUCCAUGUAAUUUUUCUAGUGUCUAUCAAAUAUACAUGGAAUAAUAAUAUUCUACGUUUCUAUAUCUCUA